GCAGGGAUGGCGGACGAUUUACCAAUGGAGGGCGCAGAUGACAUGCCGGAGUUAAUAGACGUUGAUCUUCCUGCUCAGUUACCAUCUUUGGUCGAACAAAAUUUGAAGCAGCUGAAAAGCAAUCCGGAAGAGUUCAAAGAAUUCAAACUUGUCUCAAAAAGAAAACGAAAGAACACUGUGAAAGAUGUUGAGAUGGAAGAAGCUGGUAGUGCUGAGGCUACAGACACUAAUCAUAACGCUGAGGAACACCAGCAUCGCGUAAAGAAAUCAAAAGGAGAGAAAGGAGAAAUGCGAAAGAUCCCUGUGCCAAAGCAUCGAUAUACACCAUUGAAGGAUAAUUGGGUCAAUAUUUUUACACCAAUAGUUAAGAAUUUGGGCUUACAAAUAAGGUUUAAUAUGAAGACGAGAAAUGUGGAAAUCAGAAACCCAGAAGAUAAGGAAGAUACGACAGAUUUGCAAAAGGCUGCAGAUUUUGUUCGUGCGUUUAUACUUGGAUUUGAUGUUGCUGAUGCUCUUGCACUGAUCCGCCUCGAUCAUCUUUUCUUGGAGACUUUUGAAGUGGCAGAUGUAAAAUCAUCCUUGAAAGGCGAUAACCUUAGUCGUGCUGUUGGUCGAAUAGCAGGAAAAGAUGGACGUACUAAACUUGUUAUAGAAAAUGUUACUAAAACGAGGAUAGUGCUUGCCGAUACAAAAAUACAUUUGCUGGGAGCUUACCAAAAUCUUAAACUUGCUCGAAAUGCCAUCUCCAGCCUAAUCUUAGGUGCACCACCAUCAAAAGUCUAUGGGAAUCUGCGUAAUUUAGCAUCUCGUUCCAGCGAACGACUAUAAAUUUCCACUCGCGGCCCUGACGCAUUUGCUUCGUUCCGUCGUGCGUUUUUUUGGUCUUCUUUGUUCGUUGUUUCUUGUUGAGAGCUGUGUUCAUAUACGAUACUUACACAUAUAUUGUGUUGGAAAAUGAUUUUGUUAUUGUUUUUGAAGUCAUGAGAGUUUUGACAUUUGGAAAUUGAAAAUUAAUGUUCGACACAAUUUUAUUGCAAAAUAGAUUAUGAACAUUGAUGGUUU